AAGGAAACACAAACUGACCUAACGGCCGGUGCUGCGCGUGCUGCCGUGUCUCGUCUCGUGUCGUCUCAGGAGGAUAUUUGGGAAGCUCACCUGGCUGUCGCAGAUGGAGACCAGACAACAAGAGUUGUACUCUGAUGUUCUGAGUGACGCAGUGGUGGACUGGGGCAGCAUGGGUCCUGGAGAGGAAUGGGUUAACUCAGCCACACACGAGGGAGAGCAGGGUUUCCUCGACUCUGAGCCGUUGAGAGAAGCUGACGAAGAUUUGGCGUCAGAGGUGAACUUAAACAACCCCAGCAUGACGGAGGAGGAGAGAGAGGAGAUCCAGCAAGAAUUAAUUAAACUGGAGGAGGAGAUCAGCACGUUGAAGCAGGUUCUGUCGUCCAAAGAGAGGCAACAUGCAGAGCUUAAACAGAAGCUGGGCAUGACUUCUCUGAACGAACUCAGGAACAACCUCAGCAGAGGCUGGCACGACAUGCAGACGUCCACAGCCUAUAAGAAGACAUCAGAGACGCUGUCCACAGCAGGACAGAAGACCUCAGCUGCUUUCAGCACACUGGGCAGCGCCAUCACCAGGAAGCUCGGGGAUAUGAGGUCCAACUCUAUAGGAAACUCUCCGAGCUUCAAGUCUUUUGAAGAGAAAGUGGAGACGACAGUGUCCACCAUCAAGACAAAGGUUGGAGGUACAGGAACAGGAGGCAGCUUUGAGGAAGUCCUUUCCUCCGCAGCAAACGCCAGCUCUCAGGACACGCCCACUAACAACUUGACGGACGACUCCGAGAGGCCGUGUUAGACCUGAGCCAACACCAUGAGGUCGGACUUAAACCAGGAACUGCUGUGAUGCAGCACUUUAUCACAUAUUUACUCAAAACUCUGACUGAAAUGUUACAGAAUACUUUUUUUCGAUCACGAUUGUGAUCAAGUCUCCAAACACUUGGAUGGGUAUUCCUGCAACUCUAAAUGCUUAGAUUUGGUAGAAUUUGGAUGUUAUUUCUUGUUUGGGCCAAAUUUACCCUAAAUUUUCUACAGUGGCAGUUGUAUAUCUUCAUUUUGAAAGAUCAGGAAAGCUUAAAUUAAAAAAAAACACAUACCUUUCUCUGAUGAUCUCGGGACCAAGAGAGAAAGAAUCUGUUGACAGACUAGAUUACUUCACAAAUUUUAACAUGAGAUUAGAGCUUGUAGAUAUUUUAUUUUUCAUUUAGUUGGAUUUAACUAUAAAGACAACAAAUAUCACCUUCCCUCCAGUUACCUCCAAAACCACAGAUGGUCAUUCAAUGGGGUUUAAGGGGAGAUGCCUUAAUAACACACACAAAAACAGGAGGAUGAGCAGAUUCCAAACUAGCUCCAGGAGAUAGACUGAUCCCAAACUGUGUAUUUCUUUCCCGUUUUUCUUCUGUCACUUAAGCUGAGCGUCUCGUGGUUUGGCUCGUGUCGACAUAAAUCACAGCUGGAAUUUAUCGGUUACUUAUUUUGCCAUGUAAAAAUGUUGCUACAGCAAAACUCCAAAACUUUCAUACCAAAAACUUCACUUUUAUGUUAAUAUUAAAAUUAGCUGUUUGAUAAAUAUUGACUCUAUGUUACACCUUAUACUUUUUACUAAUACAUAUAAAAUAUGUGUAUAUAUAACCAACGUUCAUGUGAUCGACCCAGAAGUUCUGGGUAAAACAAAUAUUUGUAAACUUAAAAUCUUAUAAAUGAUUUUACACUAAAACACAGGAUAUGAAGAUUUUGUUACGUCACCUGAAAAGAUUUUUUUGUAGACUGACUUUUCAAAUGCAGCCAUUCAGAUAAAUUUUUGAAAAUCGUAGCUGACUGUUACACACAUUUUCUGCUGCUGGAGCCCUUUGAAUGCUGGAUCAAACUUAUAGCAAGUGUAACUAGUCUGUUCAUUCACACGGAAGGACAUUUCUGCUGGUUGAAAUCCCCAUUUCAUCUUUUUAAAUAUUUUGGCCGGACGAAGAUCCAAGUAGGAUCGAAUCGUCUUGAAUAAAUUUAUGUGGCAUGGAGUGAGUUUGCAGACGUUACCUUUCUUCCUACUGUACUUUAAUAGCCUUGCACCUAUGUGAUGUUCAUAUUACUACCCUCUUUCAACAUGUAUAACUAGUCUGAGCAUUUACACUUAAGGACCAGCAAUUCUGUUGGAAGAAAUCAGACACUGUUUAUUUGCGAUGUUCAGUGAAAUACUGACUGGCUGCCGAGAAAGAUGGAAGUCACAUUAAACUUUUAAAAUAUGGCCUGUGUGGCCACGACAUAACUUUGCCAUCAAAGUAAUGUUCUGUUUUCAACAUAUGAUCUGUUUUGUGUUUCUCAUAUUGUCUUGCUGUGGUUUUAGCAAUGCCACCGGAUCAUUUCACACUUUGUCGUCUGUCCAAAUGUAUUUUUAAAAAAUUAAUGUCAACAUUUAAGUACUGAUGCAUCUUAUGCAGCAAGAAAAGGUUGCCAGAUCUGACCCGUUACCAAAAAACUGAGAUAAUUUAAAAUUCAUUAUAGUACAUAUAUAACAUUUGUACAAUGUGUUUGGAAAAAAAACGAAACAAUCCAGCAUCAGUUAAAAGACCUCUUCACACCCAAAGACGUAACUGUGACAUUCAAAUACAAUAACAUGUUUAACGUUAUAAAUAACUGCUUUUAUGGUUGAUGGAUUGAUAUUAAAGAUCAUUUAAACCAAA